AUGAAGAAAUUAUGUUAUUUUAUAUUCAUUAUAUCAAUAUAUAAAGAUGUAAUUAUACAAACAAGUAAAUUAUCUAAUCUUCUUCAUACAUGUCAUGUGAAUUCACCACGUAGAAUACGUAAUCUUGAUCAACAAACAAUAAUGUUAAUGAAUCAAAAUUCUAAACCAUGUUGUUUACCAAAUACAUGGAGAGCACGUUUUCUUGUAAAAACAAUUAAAGGUGGUCGUUAUUUAAGUCGUUUAGAUCAUGGUGCAUUUCAUAUUAGUCAUAAAUUAGAUGGAUCAUUUAAUAAUGCAUUAUUAGUUGUUGGUAGAAAUGUAUAUUCAACAGAAUUUUGUAGUAUUAAUAAUACAGAUAAUUCAAUUAUUAUAAAACAUUUAUGUCCAAAUGAUAGUAUACGUUGUUUAAAAACACCAUUUCUUGGUGAACCAAGAUGUAUAACUGAAAAAGAUGGUUAUAUAUUAAAAAAAUCACGUUUAUAUAAUGGUAAAGGACAAAUUAAAGAAAUAUGGUUUAUUGAUAAAUAUGAUAAAAUAUUUGGUCAUAUUGAAAGACAUUUAUAUCAUGUAUUACGUCAAUAUGGUUUAUGUCAAUUAAUACGUUAUCAAAUACAAUGGGGUAAAUAUACAAUGCCAUGGAAAAGUUGUCGUUUAUUUAUAAAACGUGAACAAACUUAUACACCAAUAACUGGUACAUUUCAACAUCAAUUUAAUCAUUCAUUAAUUGAUGAUCUAUUAUUUUGUUAA